GCGAAUGCUAUUUAUGUGUUGCCGCUUGAACUUUGUUGUCAGUGCACUUCUGAACAUGAUACGGCUGCACUGGUAAGUGCGGCUUUCGACCGGAAGAUGUUUGCGUUUCUAGCGAUUUUUGCUACCGUGGUGGCUUUAGCUUAUGGACAGUGUGCGGUUGACAUUCGGACGCAGCUACACGUUAGGGCACCAUUGUUCCUGCGUAAUAACCAGUUGUGGGUCCCAAACGGUCCUUCGCUGCAUUGGAAUGCCGGAGACUGGACGCUGAUUGCCUGUCCGGAUAACUCGCUCGUAAACACAGGAACUCCCACGGCCCACAUUCAGUGCGUUUCUGGACAAACUUUCAAUCUUGCUGCCACUAAUGUGAACAUUGCCAGUGUGAACAUUGCCAGUGUGGCUUGUGUCACUAACUCGACGGGAUCUGUCCAGGAUACGGGCCGGAGCUGUGGUCAGGGAGGAACCCUGCUAGAUAUUGGGUUCGAAGUACCAAACAUACCCUUUGUGACGUAUAUCCAGUCAUGCUACCACAUGGACACGGCCUCCGUCAUUUACACCCGCCAUAUCAUUCCCGGAAUGGCUGUCAACUAUAAAAUUAAUGAUAAUUACCGACCUUCGUUCAAAGUUGGUGGAAUUCCGUCCACCGUUAAGCCUAGGACGUCAUAUGGCCAAUCAGAGCAGAAGAAACGUUUCACAGCACUCCUAGGAUCUCAGGCCCAAGCUAAUCUGUACAUUAAUACCACCUCUUACCUUGCUCGAGGACAUCUCUCACCGCAUGCGGACGGUAUCUUCCGACCCUGGAUGUGGGCGACCUACUUCUAUGUCAAUGCGGCCCCACAAUGGCAGGUGACGAAUAAUGGUAACUGGAAGAUAGUGGAGGCUGCAGUUAGGGACCGUGCUGGUCGUCUGAACGAGGACGUACUGAUCUUCACCGGUGCGCAUGACAUUAUGACGCUUCCGCACGUGAAUGGCCAGCAAGUUCCGAUCACGCUCGAGGCUGGCGGAAUCCAGGCACCGAAGUGGUACUGGAAGAUCAUCAAAUCGCCCCGCACGAACGCAGCGAUCGCUCUGAUCAACAACAACGAUCCGUUUCGAGAGAGUAUGACGGCUGGAGAGAUGCUGUGCUCGGAUGUGUGUGCACAGUAUGGAUGGGGUAAUGCGAACUAUGGUAGAUUUGCACAAGGUUUUACCUACUGCUGCACAGUGGCGGAUCUUCGUAGUCGUAUCCCAAGCAUCCCCGCCGAAGCAGAUGCCGCCAAUGUGCUACGUUUUCUGAAGCUUGGUGACUGUGCAAUCCAAGGACUCACCAGGGAUCAUAUUCCAGAGUGUACGGUCAAUAUCCGGACGCAGUUGAAUGCUCGGGAACCGUUGUUCCUGCGCAACAACCAGCUGUGGGCCCCGAACGGACCAUCGCUACAGUGGAAUGCUGGAGAAACGACGCUGAUUGCCUGUCCAGGCAAUUCUAUUGCAAACACUGGAACUGUCACGGCCAACAUUCGGUGUGUGUCCGGACAGACGUUCAAUCUUGGCGGAGCCAGUGUGAACAUUGCCAGUGUGUCUUGUGCUGCUCGCUCGACUGGAUCGCUCCAAAACACGGGCCGGAGCUGUGGCCAGGGAGGAACCCUGCUGAACCUGGGAUUCGAUGUGCCAAGUGUAGGAUUUGUGACGUACAUCCAGUCGUGCUACAACAUGCAGACUGCUUCCGUCAUUUACACCCGCCAUAUCAUUCCCGGAACAGCCAUUUCCCACAGCAUCAGUGAGUCUUACCGACCAUCGUUCAAGACUGUUGGUACCGCUCCCCAGGUCCAGCCGGCCACUUCCUACACCACCGCCCAGCAGGCCAUCCGUUUCGCCCAGUUGCUAGGAUCCCAGGCUCAAGCCGAUCGGUUCAUUACUACCAGCUCUUACCUUUCCCGAGGACAUCUCUCGCCGGAUGCGGACGGUAUCUUCCGACCCUGGCAGUGGGCGACCUACUUCUACGUCAACGUUGCCCCACAAUGGCAGGCUACGAAUGCUGGCAACUGGUUGGUGAUUGAGAACGCCGCCCGUAACAUUGCUGGUCGUCUGAACGAGGACGUACUGAUCUUCAACGGUGCGCAUGACAUUCUGACGCUUCCGCACGUGAAUGGCCAGCAAGUUCCGAUCACGCUCGAGGCUGGCGGAAUCCAGGCACCGAAGUGGUACUGGAAGAUCAUCAAAUCGCCCCGCACGAACGCAGCGAUCGCUCUAAUCAACAACAACGAUCCGUUCCGUACGAGCAUGCCGGCUGGAGAGAUGCUGUGCUCGGAUGUGUGUGCACAGUACGGAUGGGGUAAUGCGAACUACGGUAACUUUGCACGCGGCUUCACCUACUGUUGUACGGUGGCAAAUCUUCGCCGUGCUAUCCCAAGCAUUCCGGCCGAAGCAGAUGCCGCCAAUGUGCUACGUUUUUUACUCACCAGGGAUCAUAUUCCAGAGUGUACGGUCAAUAUCCGGACGCAGUUGAAUGCCCGGGAACCGUUGUUCCUGCGCAACAACCAGCUGUGGGCCCCGAACGGACCAUCGCUACAGUGGAAUGCUGGAGAAACGACGCUGAUUGCCUGUCCAGGCAAUUCUAUUGCAAACACUGGAACUGUCACGGCCAACAUUCGGUGUGUGUCCGGACAGACGUUCAAUCUUGGCGGAGCCAGUGUGAACAUUGCCAGUGUGUCUUGUGCUGCUCGCUCGACUGGAUCGCUCCAGAAUACCGGCCAAAGCUGUGGCCAGGGAGGAACCCUGCUGAACCUUGGAUUCGAUGUGCCAAGUGUAGGAUUUGUGACGUACAUCCAGUCGUGCUACAACAUGCAGACUGCUUCCGUCAUUUACACCCGCCAUAUCAUUCCCGGAACAGCCAUUUCCCACAGCAUCAGUGAGUCUUACCGACCAUCGUUCAAGACAGUUGGUACCGCUCCCCAGGUCCAGCCGGCCACUUCCUACACCACCGCCCAGCAGGCCAUCCGUUUCGCCCAGUUGCUAGGAUCCCAGGCUCAAGCCGAUCGGUUCAUUACUACCAGCUCUUACCUUUCCCGAGGACAUCUCUCGCCGGAUGCGGACGGUAUCUUCCGACCCUGGCAGUGGGCGACCUACUUCUACGUCAACGUUGCCCCACAAUGGCAGGCUACGAAUGCUGGCAACUGGUUGGUGAUUGAGAACGCCGCCCGUAACAUUGCUGGUCGUCUGAAUGAGGACGUGCUGAUCUUCAACGGUGCGCAUGACAUUCUGACGCUUCCGCACGUGAAUGGCCAGCAGGUUCCGAUCACGCUCGAGGCUGGCGGAAUCCAGGCACCGAAGUGGUACUGGAAGAUCAUCAAAUCGCCCCGCACGAACGCAGCGAUCGCUCUGAUCAACAACAACGAUCCGUUCCGUACGAGCAUGCCGGCUGGAGAGAUGCUGUGCUCGGAUGUGUGUGCACAGUAUGGAUGGGGUAAUGCGAACUACGGAAACUUUGCACGUGGCUUCACCUACUGUUGUACGGUAGCCGAUCUUCGCCGUGCUAUCCCAAGCAUCCCCGCCGAAGCAGAUGCCGCUAAUGUGCUGCGUUUUUAAAACUACCAUUUGAGGCAGUGGACGAUUAAAGAUAAGAGCAGCUAA